ACAAAUAAUUACGUCAAUCGCGCGCAAUAUCGCUCGAUCGGUAUAAAAAUAACAUACGAAUGAACUGGUCUCGCGAGCGUCUCCUCCACUCAGAUAUUAACGCGUGCUCACCGAUUCAGCUACAAUAAUAAAGUCCUCUUGCACGUGUGCAUCAUCUAUCAUAAGCUUGGUCGAGUGGGAGGCGGUCUAUUAGUCGAACGCAGCCACAAGGUUAACGCGCAAAAGUAAUUUUGCGGAAAAAUAAUAUAUCAUCUCGCAGUAGUCGCUGCUAUUCGUCGUCGGCAGUCAACGUCGCGGAGCUUCGUCGCGAUGGUCUCGUGGUCGGUCAUCCUGUUGGCGGCUACGGCCCUCUACCUCGUCUACGCCUGGUUGAAGAGGCGGAUGGCUUACUUCGAGGACCGUGGCAUACCCUACCUGCCGGGCGUGCCGCCAUUCGGCAACAUGUUCGACGCCUUCAUGCGGCGCAAGCACAUGAACGACGUCGUCCGAGACAUCUACAACGUGAAUCCGGAGGCCAGGUACGUCGGUGGCUUCGACUUCAUGCGGCCCGUCAUCGUGCUCCGCGACCUCGAGCUCAUCAAGGACGUGACGAUCAAGAACUUCGACAAUAGCCCCGACCACAAGAGCUUCAUCGACGACACGGUCGACCCGCUCUUCGGCGGCAAUCUCUUCAACAUGGCCGGGGAUCGGUGGCGCGAGGCACGCGGCAUGCUGUCGCCGGCCUUCACCUCCAGCAAGAUGAAGCAGAUGUUCGAGCUCAUCCUGUCGUGCAGCAAGAACUUCGCCGCGUACCUCGAGUCUCUGCCUGCCAGCCAGCGCAAGAUGGUCUCCACCAAGGACCUCUUCACCAAGUAUACCUGCGACUGCAUAGCCACCACUGCGUUCGGCGUCAGCGUCGAUUCUUUGAAAAAUCCCGACAACGAGUUUUACCGCUACGGACGUGAGGCGACGAAUUUUGAAGGCCUCAAGAUGCUGAUGUUUUUCCUCCUUCGCGCCGCACCCAAGCUCAUGAAGAUUCUUCAAAUUCGCUUCGUCAGCGACCAGGUUCGCGAUUUUUUCACGACCCUCGUGCAGGGCACCGUCGAAGCCCGAGACACCAAGGGCUUCAGCCGACCGGACAUGAUCCAGCUGAUGAUGGACUCGCGCGGCAAGCAGCUCAAGCACCUCGCCGCCGUCGACACGACCUACAUGACGUCCCAAGCCUUCAUAUUCUUCUUCGGCGGCUUCGACACCACGUCGACGCAGAUGUGCAUCAUAGCCCACGAGCUGGCCAUCAACGAGGACACGGUGCAGAAGCGACUGCAAGAGGAGAUCGACCGAGUGCUCGAGAGCAGCAACGGCGAGCCAACCUACGAGGCCAUCAACGCCAUGGCCUAUCUCGACGCCGUCUUCAACGAGUCCAUGCGCAGACACACCCAGGUUGGCCUGCUCGAUCGGCUCUGUCGACGCUCCUUCGAGCUGCCGCCGGCGCUUCCGGGAGGCAAGCCCUUCCUGGUCGAGCCCGGCAUGAAUAUCUGGGUGCCUGCCUCGGCCAUACAUCGCGAUCCCAAGUACUAUCCCGAUCCCGAGCGAUUCGAUCCCGACCGUUAUUACGAGAAAAAAGUCACCAUCAAUGACACUCUCAAUCUGGGCUUUGGAAUCGGUCCGCGAAGCUGCAUCGGCAAUCGUUUUGCAAUUUUAGAGACGAAAAUUUUGCUCUUCUUCUUGCUGGCCAAGUUCACCCUCAAGGCUAACGAAAAGACCAGUUCACCCAUGAGAUACGACAAAAAAACUUUCGCUCUCAAGGCCGAGGGUGGAUUCUGGUUGGAUAUAGAGCCUCGCAAACUUGGCGUUUCAUAACGUGUGACCGACAAUUUCGCGCGUCUAACGACUUUUUUUUAAAAAUGAAAUAGCUUUUUCAACAACCACAAAACGUUUUUUUAAUAAAUACUGACACGAAA